AUGGAGAAGGAUUUCGAAGCCCCAGGCUCGCCUGGAGGGUUUCCAAGUGCGAUAGACCGAUGGGAGCUUCGACGGAUUCCUGGCUAUGCUGAUCGCCGUCGCGGCUUGUUCAGCGAUUGUCGGAGCUGCGAUCGUGGCAUGCUGCUUCUUUUGUCGCCGGUGAGUUGGUCGUCUUUUGCCGUGAAACGCGGGCAGCGCGUGCUUGUGGAACUCCAGAAAGUUCAAAGACUCCUUAGCAUAACCGGGCUCCGCGCCGAGGUCGAUCUUCCCAGCAUGAGGAUUUCCGCUCUAAUGGCGUGUUCUUUUGAAUCGAGUGUACAAGGCGACUGUCAUGUUCCCAGCAGGCCGUGUGACUAA